UUAUAGCCAUGCGAGCCAUCCCUGUGCUCAGCUGCUGGGAGAGUGCAUACAUGGCUUGUGUGACAGCAACAGCACACAGAAGCUGCAAUGAAAUGCAGUUAGCAAUACAGCUGGGAGGCAGGCAGCAAGGCAGGCGCUGGUCCAGCGACUGAAAUGAUCCUGCCGUGAGCCAGCCUGCAGUGCCUCCAAAAGUGGCUGGCUACUACACGAGAGCUCAGCUUUCUUCGCAAUUACUCCAGUUCCCCCGGGUGACUGCAGUGUGCGCUCUGCUUUGGUUUUGUUGGUGUUUUUUUUUUUUUUGGUUUUGUUUUGUCAGUGUGGGUUUUUGUUUUUGUUUUUGGUUUUGUUUUUUUUUCCUCCUGCCUCCCCUCUCUCUCCUCCUGUGUCCUUUUCUCCAGGAUGGCGGAAGCAGAGUUGCACAAGGAAAGGCUCCAAGCCAUAGCAGAAAAAAGGAAAAGGCAGACAGAAAUAGAAGGCAAGAGACAACAGCUUGAGGACCAGAUACUUCAGCUGCAGCAUUUCAAGUCAAAAGCUCUUCGGGAAAAAUGGCUGCUGCAGGGAAUUCCUGCUGGCUCUGCAGAAGAGGAAGAAGCCAGAAGGAGGCAGUCAGAAGAGGAUGAGCUGAAGGUGAAAAAGCUGGAAGAAAAUAUACACAGGCUGGAACAAGAAAUACAGAAAUUAGAAAGUGAGGAAUCCCAAAUAUCUGCCAAAGAACAAAUCAUUUUGGAGAAGCUAAAGGAGACUGAGAAAUCCUUUGACAACUUGCAAAAGACUUUUGCACACCAGGAUGGUGAUGCAGUAAAUUACAUUUACUCCCAGAUCCCUGAACUCCCAACCCUCUAUUCACGAACAGCAGAGACAGUUCCUGGGCGGGACGGAGCAAGCAGAGUAGCUGCUUUGUGCACCAUGGAAAUUAAUGUGGAGAAAGACAAACAGACAGGAGAGACCAAGAUUGUCUCUGCUUCACCUAUUGGCCCAGAUGAGGCCCAUCAAAGAGGAUUCAAAGUCUAUGAUGAUGGUACCAAGGUAGUCUAUGAGGUUCACUCUGGUGGCACAGUGGUAGAAAAUGGAGUACAUAAAUUAAGCUCAAAGGACGUAGAUGAACUUAUGCAAAAAGCUGGACAAUCAAGUGUAAAAGGAGGGUUUGAAACAAUGACUGUGUCAGACAGAAAUGUGGUAGCGGAUGGAAACCUUAGCCAUAUGAAGGAGCAAAUGCUCUUCAAGGAGGCAAAGCUGGAAAUGGUACACAAACCCAGCAAAGGGCAUGCUGUGAACCCUCAGCCCCAAGACAAACCCUGCGGUGGCGACGUUCCAGAGGCCAGCGCGGAUCAGCCAGUGACAAUGAUAUUCAUGGGCUACCAGAACAUCGAUGACGAAGAGGAAACGAAGAAAGUGCUGGGCUAUGAUGAAACCAUCAAAGCAGAGCUAGUUCUGAUCGACGAAGACGACGAGAAGUCAUUGCGUGAGAAGACUGUGACGGACGUCUCCACCAUGGAUGGGAACGCUGCUGAGCUGGUCUCUGGCAGGCCCCUGUCAGACACGACAGAGCCCUCCUCUCCCGAGGGGAAGGAAGAGAGCCUGCCCUUGGAAGCUGCCCCAGGUGCAAGAGGAAUGGACAUGCCGCCGAGUGACCCACAGGGACUGUGCUCCUGUGAAAGCCCUGAAGUUGAGGAAAGGGCAGGGAAAUCUUCCCAAAACCCGGAGGAUGACAUCAUUAAAAAAAACAGAGACCAAAACUGUGCCAAUUUUUUGGAGCCGGCUACUGUGCUUGCUGCAAAGGAAGAAAAAAUGGAAAUUGAAGUUCCAGUUUCUGAACAUAAAAGCAUCACCACAGUGGCUUCACCAAAUCCUGUAGACAAUCCAACCCACUUUUUUUCUCCUGCUGCCAGCCACAAUGGACUUAAGGACAGGCAUGAAUCUCUGGACAGUGAAGUUGCUAAAGAGAUCAGAUACCUAGAUGAAGUGCUGGAGGCAAACUGCUGUGAUUCUGCCACAGAUAAUACCUUUAAUGGGACAUCCUCCCCUGAACCAAGUGCUGUGACCAUUAUGGAUGGCUCAGGAGCAUCUGUUAAUGUCCCGAGUGAUUCAGUACCCAAUGAAGGGGAAGGAAAUGUAGCUGAUAAGCAGGCACCCUUGGUAGUUGAACCACAUGAAGCUAGUGUAACAGAUGAGAACCUGAACUCUAAUGGGCAUUCAUUGAAGGAAGACAUUAGGGAGAGCCUGAAGAUGCCAGGAAGUCCUACUUCUUCAAACAGUUCUAGAAGAUCUUCUAAGGAUGGAGAAGCAACUUUUACAACCCUUAAGAAAGAGGCUAAGUUUGAACUACGAGCUUUCCACGAAGACAAAAAGCCCUCUAAGCUCUUUGAAGAUGAGGAUGAGAAGGAAAAGUACAGGGUCCGCAAAGUGAGACCAUCGGAAGAGAUGAUGGAACUUGAAAAGGAAAGAAGGGAACUCAUUAAAAGCCAGGCUGUCAAGAAAAACCCCAACAUUGCCGCCAAAUGGUGGAAUCCUCCCCAGGAGAAGACCCUGGAGGAGCAACUGGAUGAGGAGCAUCUGGAAUCCCACAAGAAGUACAAGGAGCGCAAGGAGAGACAACAGCAGCAAGGUGCAACACCAACAUCCCCCAAACAGGUCAGCUGCUCCUUUGUACCACCAGAGCCAGUGAAUAUCAAGAAAGAGGAUAUUGUCACAGAGCAAAUUGAUUUCUCAGCUGCCAGAAAGCAGUUCCAGCUGAUGGAGCAUUCAGGUCCAUCUCAGGGUCAGGUCCCACCAAGGCGGUCAGGAACACCCAAGAUGUUCUCCAUCAAACCCUUCUACAAAAGUCUCAAUCCUUCACCUGUAGACAGACCGCUGUCCACUGUGACAAGACCCGUUUCGGUGUACGGGCAAAUGGGACAACUUGAGGGUAGUGAUGUCACUGUUGUCAAAGCACAGAAGGUCUCCUGUACUUCAGAGGAUGACACAAAUACUCAGAGUAACAUUGCUGACCCCAUGAGAGAUUCACCAUGUAGUGAUAGCUCCAGAGCUGGACAGGCAUCAAAACUGUGGGCAGAGGAUGGAGAGUUCAUGAGUGCAAGAGCAGUCUUCACAGUGGUGAAGGAUGACGGGCAGGGCGUGCUAGACCAGCUCCCGAAGUCAGCCAGCGCCUCCUCACCUCCUGAGGAGCUUGACUCUGGUUUGGAUGACCUGUCUGUAAGGUCUCAGGAUACCACCGUUCUGGAGACCCUUUCCAAUGACUUCAGCAUGGACAACAUCAGUGACAGUGGUGCCUCCAAUGAGACCAUGAGCGCCCUGCAGGAAAGCUCACUGGCUGAUUUCUCCCUGCCACAGACACCACAGGCCGACACUCCGGCAGAGUGCAGGGACGAAGGCAUCUCCAAAUCUUUCAGUGACCCGGGAUGUGACUCGCUCUCCUCCACUUUGGCAGACUCCAUGGUGAUCGAUGACCAGCUGGAGUACCACGCUGGCCUGCUUGUUCAAAAUGCCAUCCAACAAGCCAUAGCUGAGCAAGCAGAUAAGGCAAACUGCAAGGAAGGAAAGAUCCCAGCUGAGCAGGAGAUCUCUGUCAAAGAGCAGGCAGCCACCACGAGGCUAGCUCCAGCCUCCAAGGAGCAGCAGAACCUGAUGUUUGAGCCACCCCAGGUAUCCUCACCUGUUCAAGAAAAAAGGGACACCAUACCAAAGACAUCAAAAGAGGAAGACUCAGGACUCAGGGAAGGGAAGAGUUUGCAGCAGUCGCCUGCGUACUCUGCCACCCAGCCAUUCCUUGUGGAGGAAAACAGGCAUGAAGUCAGCUACUUCAGCAAGUAUUCAGAGGCAGCUGAGCUGAGGAGCACUGCCUCCAUCCUUGCCACACAGGAGCCUGAAGUGACCGUGGGCCCUUUCAAGUUACGGUCGAGGAAGCAGCGGACUUUGUCAAUGAUAGAAGAAGAGAUCAGAGCUGCCCAGCAGCGAGAAGAGGAGCUGAAGAGGCAGCGGCAAGGUCUGCAGGUGGCCCCCAGCCCUGUUAUGAAGAGUGCACCAGCCCUGCCCACCAGAACAGUGUCUUACAAAACCGCACCAGGAAAGAUUGAGAAAAUCAAGCCGCCUCCUUCCCCCACUGCAGAGGGCCCCAUCUCACACCCUGACCUGCCGUCUGAGGAGCCUGCAGGAGCCCAGCGGCCCAAGAACUUGAUGGAGACCCUUUUGGAGGAUUAUGAAACACACAAAACCAAGAGACGAGAGAGGAUGGAUGACAGCAGUGUCCUGGAGGCCACCAGAGUGAACCGCAGGAAGAGUGCCCUGGCGCUGCGCUGGGAAGCCGGCAUCUACGCCAACCGGGAGGAGGACGAGUAACCACGCGGCAGCACCACGAGAGCAGCUGCGAAACCAAAAACAAAACGAAAACAAAAAAAAAAAGAGAGAGAGAAAGGAGGAAAAAUGAAACAAAAAAAGCAGCAGCAUUUAAAUCCGAUAUUUAUUAAAUACACAACAAACUCGAUGAUGCACAUAGACACAGAAAUGAUCCAGCUCCCGGCAAUCUUAAAACAACAGGAAAAACGCACCCAGGAAAUGCCCCCUCUUCUCUCCCCUGUCUUCCCACUAGGAAAUAACCCCCGGGGUGGGGGGGAUACAGGGUGUGGGACCCCCCGGGACCGGUGGGAGGCCAUCCCCAUGGGCCGGAGAAGCGGCUGGAGGGGAAGGGUCGUGCAUCCCCCUGGCCAGAUUCACAGCCCCCCACUGGACCCACCUCCAGGUUCUUCUCCUCCCACAGCCGCUGCACCGAGACUGUCAGCAUCACCUCGGCGAACCCCCCCCACAAAGACACCCCCAAAACACGACGAUGUUGCCCUCUGAUGUUAUUUCUUUGAGGGGACUGAAGGGUUUGGGUUUGGGACUGGGAUUGGGGUGGGGUUUUUUUGGAGGGGGGGUUCUGCUCCCCUUAUCUAGUAAUUUAUCUGUUUAAAAGGAAAAACAAAUAAAUAAAUGGGGAAGCAGCUAUUGCAAAUGUACAAUCCACUAGGCUCAGUAAAAUACAGUCCUUGUGUUGCAAACACAAGCCAUCACAAUUAAGGAGUGGAAUAGAUGGGGAUGAGAGCUAAGCCAAAUGGAUUACCUUAGCUUUAGGAUCCUAUACGCUUGCAAUAUCACCUGAGCUCCAGGUUCUCAGAUCAUAUUUACAUAACUAAGUUUCUAAAUAGAAAAUCUGUAUUUAGCGGAUUACAACUAUUUUUUGAUGGUGGGGAGGGAAAAGAAUGGCGUAUGUGUAAAACCUAUGAAGAUGGGUAAUUUGAAGUAGAAAGGUAGUGGGAAAUGAAUACAAAUAAAGGACAUUUAAUUUUUAAAUGAGGCAAUAAUUGAACUAAGCCAGACUCUGGCCUAGGAAGAGGUAUGAAAUAAAGAAGAAAGAUGAUAGCUACGUCUUUAACUAUAUUUAUACAGCAUAAAAAGCCUUCGGAGCAGAGUGCUUUGUGGGAGUCUCCAGGUUUCCAGGCAACACAAAAGUUAAGGGGGGAAGUGAGUGAGAAAGAUUGAGCAAGGGAGAGCAGACAAAGGAAGAAAAACGUGACUUUUGCCAUUCAGCCAGUGUUUUCAGCGCUACAAGCAGACCGUCGAGCCUCUAGUCGUUGCUUAGGCUUGGGAUCAGCAGUGAAGGAUUCGUGUGCAUCUGUGUGUGCAUGGAGGCGUGGGUGUGCAGGUGUGCAUGUGGGUGUGAGGCGUGUGCGAGAAGUUGUAUGGCGGUGUGUGUGUUAUUUUCUCCAAGGCUGUUUACCAGCUAUAGGGGUGAGUGCUAUUUUUUUUUUCUGAAAGGGGAUAUAAAAACAAGGCACUGAGUUAAUGCAGUAUUUGUGAUAUUAAAAUUUGACCCAACAUGGUAUUUGCAUGAGUCACAAUUGCAAAGUACUGACCAGUUUUGUAAGCUGACAAUUAGGAAAAGAAAUGUGGUAUUUAUUCUUGUGCUUUGUAUUUGUAUGUAGUAUAGAGGCUGCGGGUUUACUCUUUUCUUUUCACGCGAGCAAUACAAUAAGAGUAUUUUACAACUGGGAACCAUAAUUUCUGGACCAGAAAUGAACAAGUUUGGGAGGUGACAGAAAAAAAGAAAAAAAAAAAAAAGACAGCUUUUUUUCUAUAUAAAAUGUUCUGUCUUUUUUAUAAACAACCAAUUAUUAUUUUGAAUUAUUUUUAAAACCAUUGCCCUCAAUGCUGGUCCUCCCUUAAGCCUCUCCUUGGUUUUAUGGCCUGCUACACUGUUUUAUCCUGAAACAGUGAGCUCAUUUCAAGUGAGUACCAAUACUGUGAACAUACUUCUGGUGCUUUUCUUAAACAAACACAGAGCUUGCAACCAAAUGAUUUUUUUCCCCCAACAAUUUCCUCCAGCAUGCUCUCUCUGUCCGUGGACACUAUAGCAUUUUGAGGCCUAUUUUCAGGGAAUUGCAGUGGAUGUGACUAUAGGCACGUGUAAACUUUGUGGAUUGUCUCCUUCAGUGCUGUUGAGCAAAAGAAAACCCUGCUGGCCUGUUUGCAGUGAGGAAGGCAGCCAGCUUGUCUCAAGGAUGCCCUAGCCUGGGUGCAGGGGGGACACCAGACGCACAUGGGGGCAGGACGACCUUGAUAGAGGCACCCACUGCCAAGUCCAGGCGACCAGCAGUGAACCAUGGUCCACAUCUGGGUGGGUUCAGCCUGGCCACGAGGCUGUAGGAAAGGCAAGCGACUGGUGCUGCAGCCCAGCAGGACCAUACGUCAUGUAGCAGCACCCACGAGCGCUACACACCUGUUCCAGGAGGAGCCCUGCCUCCCUCCACCCCCUGGGCAGAACAGGGGUGAGACUGGGGAAAAGUGUCCUGAGCAGAGGAGAUGGCCGUGUGCUCAUGGUGAGGUGGUCUUGCAUCAGACAAUGUUUCCCCUGGUGUGUGCUCCCAGGAACUUGCAUCUUUUACUUUCUUUAAUCUGGAGGUCUACCUUUCCCUCCUGCUCUUCUCACUGGAAGCCGCUGACGUUGACCGCCCAUCAUGAGGCACCUUCUCUUGCGUUGCGUUGACCCCACCUUGGUCUUUGGAGUGCAAAUCACAUUGCCCCCUGCACCGGAGGCGUGCGGCGUGUCAGUGCCGAGCAGCCAAACCUUGCAUCCAGCAGUGUUCUUCUCUUCCAGAAAUUAUGGACACUCGUCCGCAGCGCGCGUUCAGUGCUGCGACAGCGCGAGUGCUAUGCAGUUUACUUGCCUCUUUGUUAUUUCAUUUGCAUGCUACCGAGCUUAGGUGUUUAUAAGUAUACGCCAGUAAUACAUAUCUAUCUAUAUAUAACUAUAUCCAAUGCAACCAAGGAGCACUAUUGCAGAGUUAACUUUGUCUCCACAGAAGAAACACUCAGAUUCUUUCCCGUGGCAAAGACUGGUUUUAAUGAAACUGUGUAUUGAGGGAUAGUUAAGCAUUAGCGUUUGUGAUUAUAAUCAGUUUGGGGUUACAGUGCAGGUUUUCUGAGCAAUUUGUUUUAAACGCUGCUAGUUUGGGCUUCACCUUGCUCCGUAUUGACGCUGUCUGAAGGAAAAUACAGUAACAUUGAUUUGUUUGGCAACCAAAAGGUGGCAUCCUUGUCAUGACUUACCAACAAGUUUCAACAAUACCUGGCUUUCUGUAUGUUAACCACUUAAAUGUUAUCCUGCUUCUGUUUUAUAGUGACUGUGAGGCCUACAAUGCAAGUAUAUAAUUAUUUUCUCAUUAAAACAGAAACCC